AUGUUUGAAAAGCCCGUGUUUCCCAUUCCAACGAAACCUAUCCCACACUCUCCAAAGAUCUCCCCCUCAUCUAUCCCAAAUCCUAACCCAAGCGUCAUGACUCCAAAACAAGUGGACGGGUAUCCGAAUUUUGGAAGUUACCUCUACUCAAUACCAGGAUAUUCAGCGUUUCAACCCAUCAAUUCAGUUCAAUAUCCACCUAUUAUUCCACCGACUAUACCUCCUCCAAUACAGCCUGAGGUUCCCACUUCAGAGUACAUGCCAUUCCCAACAAUGAGUAAAGAACCCCAUACGCCAAUGGUUGAUGUUGAGACUACCAUGGACAUGGAACCACCUAAGGAUCUACCCAAACAGCAGACAGACUUCGAGGAACACUUUACUCCCGAAAUAAUAACGGCUACUUCGAUGCCUGAAGUUGCUAACCCACAAACAACCGAAUCCAAAAUGAGUAUCACAUCAUUGGCACAGGGAUCUGGAGCUACGGUCACAAUACCUUCACAAUUACCAAACAAAGAAUUCAACAAAAAGAAACCAGAACGGUUUAGUUUAAAAACUAGUAUACCCAUUAGUAAAAUAGAUAUGAAAUGUGUAAGUAAUCCGCCUGACACUGCAUUCCAAAAUUCUUUAGCUAAGAAACCAUUCUCAACGUCUUUCACCAAAGAUUCACCAAGAGUUGAAAUACAGAGUAACAUUGUUAUAAAAUCGGCUACAAAAGAGCCUGAAGUUAAAGAACUAAAGCCUAGCGUGCCACCAACCAGCAAUAUCUGUACAUUAAUUAAUCCUAGUGAACCGGUUAACAAAACUGAUAAUCAGUUUCGUGUGCCAGAGCCAAAGAUCGACACGCCAUCUGAAGUAAAAGACACACCUUCUAUGCAGAGGCCUUUAUUUAACCCAAUUAAUAUUGAAACAAGUAAAGUCAAUUUCAGUAAACCACCAGAGCAGUCUUAUAAUGAGCAGAAGAAUCAAAUAGUUUUCAUACAAAAUAAGAACAACACGAAUCCAAAAAUGCUGCUGACGAUACAGCAGCAGAAUCCACAAGUGCUUUUGCAGAGAGCUAACUUCGAUUCAAAAAACCUGCAAGCUCCUUCACGACUGUCAAGCCAAAGUAAGAAAUGUAAAGAGGAUGUAGUGAAUGAAAGUACUUCGUCGAAAGUGGUUGCAUUGAAAAGAUUGCACCAAGAGAAUUGCGACGAAAACGAUUUCGAAAACUUGAUUACUGAAAAUCAAAUAUAUGGUAAUAAGAUAGUCGUGAAGGAGAAAUCUCAAGGAACAUCGCAGGAACAAGAUUUAAAAACUAAAAAAGUAACUGAAAAAGUAACGACAACAGUAACUGAAACUAAAAACGUGGUUCUGCAACCAAAUUUUGUAUAUUUGAGCAACGUUCAAUUUCCCAACUUGAUGAUGAUUAAGAACAAUUCGAAAGUUACACAAACACCCGAUUCAAAUAAACCAAAAUUAGCACCAAAGGAAAUUAAAAUAGCACCUGAAAUAUCUACACCUACUACUGUUGGUACUACUGUUACAACAGUUGCUGUACCAGUAGCGAUCGCACCAGCAGCCAUGACACCGGCGACAGUAUGUACUGAAAGUAUUACAGAGGUACAAUCUUCAAAACCUAGUACUAUAGUAACUCAAGAAGUACAAGUACUAAAGACUAGCAGUAAUGUGCUACAAACUCUUCCCAACAUAACAAAGCCUGAUAUAGUAAUUCAAGCUAAUCCGACAGUUAUUGUUAGCCCACAAAUCGUUUACCAAGUACCUAUUACCACUAUUGUAGAAGCUGAAGUGAACCAACCAUUUAAAAAGCGAGACUAUCCAAAAUUUAUAGCGCCGAAGAAGGAAGCUCCCAAAAAAUCUGAGCAACGUAAAACAAAUGACAAAUUGUUUAUAGCUUGCCCUUACCAAAUGGAUUCAAAACUACAGCCCAAAAUAGUUAUAACAAACAUAAGGCCAAAAAUAAACAAAGUAGAAGAAGUUAGUUCUUUAGAUGAUUAUGAGAAACGAAAACGUUUGAGGCGACUCAAGUAUUUGUCGAACCGUGACAAUAAAGAAGUUAAAGCUGAUGCCAAACCUGAACCUGCUAAGAAGGUGGUUGAAAAGACUGAAAUUCGUAAUAAUAUUAUUACACCCGAUAAAGUUAAAAGUGAAAUAUAUAAAGAAUUUGCGAAAAGAAAAGCAGCGGACGAUGGUAGUAGUGAGAGUGACUCUGAUGACUACGGCGAGGAUGACAUGAAAGUGUAUGAAGAAAUUAUCGACGAGUUUGGCGUUAAAGAUGAUAAAGAAAAGCGAAAAGUUGAAUUUAUGUCUCAUUUGAGAUUAGCGACAUUACAGGAUUUUAAAGAGAGAGAGUUGGAACUUCAAGACAAGGUGCUAAGAAAUGACUCUGUGGCAGCCGCGUAUGCUGCAGUGGGUCGCCUCGACGUGCUGCGUAACGUGACGGUUGAAGAAGAACCAAAGGAUGAAGAGAUGGAAGAAGAUAACGCAGUGGCUGAGUUACAACCGGAGAACAGAGCAACAAUGCAAAGGAAGAAGUUAUUUCUGUCAAAGUUGAAGUUAACACAAGUCACGCAGAAAUACAAAGAAGGCUACGACAAGGUCUGGCAAGAAAUAUUAAAGGAAAGGAAACGUCGAUAUAGUAAUCCAGAUUUGGAUGAUAAUUGUAAAGAACCUCGAUUGGGGUUUGACCCUAAUUGUCAACUCAGAUUAUUGACGGAAAUCAAGAAAUUUGUCAACGAAAAUAAUAAUCUCAUCAAAAAGAGAUUAGAUUCCACAUCCAAUGGAGACUCAAACGAAGAAAGCAUUAAAGUGUUAGCAGAGAAGAACUUCUCUGAACUGAACCGACUAUCAAAAAUGGCUGACACUAGUGUGAAACUGUUUAAAACUCCGAACACAAGAAAAAGGGACUUAAACCCGGGGUUCGACAGUGAGAACAUUAAAAAUCCUAACAUAAAAGUGCAGCAACCGUAUGAAAACUAUCCUAAGAUAAAAAUUCCAAGUGUAGCGAAGAUAAUUUCUUUGAAAACGACACAGGAGUGUCCGACUACAACGUCGACACAGGCGACGUCUAUGGACGAGCCUCAGAACUCAGCAGCGGGGGUGACACAGGUCGAAGAGGACACAGCACCCUCUGGACUGACUCGUGACAUUGGCUGUCAAGUGGACGAGCCCACGUGGGCCGGGCUGGAGGCUCUGGCGAAGAGUUACCGGGAAUAUGAUGCAGUUCGCCGAAAAGAAAUAAUCGACCUGCACAAACGGAAUACUACACUCAAGAUAGAGGGCGCUCACAUCACGAGGUCCGCGUCACGUGACUCAGACACGGCGCGCGCACUGCUGGCCGAGCGACAGAACCUCUCCGUCGAAGAGAACAAACUGCGAGUAUCGCUGAAGAAGAUACAACAGGCCAUUGAUAUUAUUAGGAACUAUUAG